CAAUUGCAACAUUUCUUGGAAUGUCAAAACGUUUAGGAAAAAAAAAGAAGUGUGUGCGAGAAAAACAUUAUUUUCACAUUGUGUUGCAAAUUUUUCCCAAAUUCUCCACAUUUCCCGAGAGUUUCAAAACAAACGACCGUCAAGGUCGUCAGAGAUUCUCAGAUGGAGCCAUCCGGAAAAUACUCGAGGAGGAUGAAGAUAUGUCCGGAAAUGAUCAUUCCCAGUCCAAUCGUGGUGGGAAUCGCGGAGGCUCACUUCCGGUACGAAGGCGUGGAUCUCCUAUUCCACGCAGGGGAAAUUUCGGUGGUCAAAAUUGGGGUAAACGUCGCUCUAAGCUCGUAGCAGGCACAUCUGGAUGGUACCAAGUUGUAAUCCAGCACGGUCAACAAUUCCCCAAGGAUGUCCUCUUUAAGCGAAUCCUCGAGCAUAUCUUCCCCCAAAUCUUCGUACCGCAUUACUUUACAACCGACAGCAAUGGGUGCUCCUUCUUUGUGGAUGAAUUCGACACGGCUGAGAAACUGUACAGAAAUAACAGGAUUGAAAUGCCUUCGGGACAGACACUCACCCUCAAGGUCUACAGCAGUGUACCCAAUGUGAUUGUCGAUAGUUCGCUGAAGGAGCGCAUUAAGAUGGCUAUGGCAAAGCGCUAUAACACCCAAACAAAAGCUCUAGACCUCACACGCUUCUACGCGGAUUCUGACCUCACUGAUGUCUUCGUGGGGCUAUCCCGCGUGUCAAUUAUGGGAACAGCGAUUGAUGUUAUUGCGGAGAAUGUUCCGCAAAUUGAGACGCUCAUCCUAAGCGACAACAAAAUCUUUGCCCUCACACAUUUUGACACGCUGGCAAAAAAGUGUCCCAACCUGAAAAAUCUUUGCCUUAGGAAUAAUAAGAUCGCAACACCAAAUACACUGGAUAACUUGAAGUCGCUGCCCCUGACGGAACUCGUAUUGGCUGGUAAUCCGAUAAAAGACAAAUUUCCCCAACAGCAGUACAUCAGCGAAGUGCGAAAAAGGGCGACAAAAUUGGUCAUUCUGGAUGGAGAUCCUCUACCACCCCAAAUUGGAUUUGAUGUGUCUCCUGAGGGUGUUUUGCCAACAGCAAGGAAUUCCUUUAUUUGCGACGUCAAUGGAACAGCGAUUGUGAGGCAAUUUCUCGAGCAGUACUUUAUGCUUUUUGAUUCAGAAAAUCGACAACCACUACUUGAUGCCUAUCACGAGCAUGCUACCUUUUCGCUCACGUCGUACUCGCCAUUCGAUGAAAUACCUGGCAGAGGUUUGAAACCUUAUUCGUUUAUGAAUCGGAACCUGCUAAAGACCAAUUACGAAAGGAAGCGACGCUUAGUGAAGUACGGACGUCUUCCUGUGGUCUCCUAUUUAUCUGAAUUCCCGUUAACGCAGCAUGAUCCACAAUCAUUUGGCGUAGAUCUUUCCGUGUUUUUGCCUCAAAUGAUUCUUCUUACCGUCACGGGACUAUUCCGGGAGAAGCGAAAGAAUCAAUCACAACCCCUUAGAUCGUUUCAAAAGUGUCUCCUCAUUGUUCCAUCCGGUGGUGGAUUUUGCAUACGAAAUGAAAUGCUUCACAUCACAGAUGUUACAAAGGAUCAAACAAUGGGUGCAUUUAAGCCAGCACCAGUUACGGAAACACCACAGAUGCACACACCACAGGCACCCAUUGCUCCAGUUGCUCCAAUUCAAGCCAUGCCAAGCACAAGUCAUGGGGUUGAUGAUGUAACCAAGAUGCAAAUGAUCCAGGCCUUGGUACAGUCGAGUAAUAUGAAUAUGGAGUGGAGUAGAAAAUGUCUCGAGGAGAAUAAUUGGGAUUACGAGAGAGCAGGAUAUGUGUUUGCGGAGAUGAAUAAGCAAAAUAAAAUACCCCCUGAAGCAUUCAUGAAGUAAGAAUGUAACCCGGGAGAAAUAAUGUCAUUUUAGCAAGUUCAUUAUUGCUAUUAUUGCUAUAACCUUUAAUUAAAAAAAAAGAAACACCGAGAAGAUGAUGAGUAAAUUAAAACUUUAUUGCCUAAUGAUAAAUGGCAUAGAGUUCUAUAUUUAGUUUAAAUAUCAAUUAUGUAUGUAUGCAUAUGAAUGUUAAAAGGAAAUUUUCUUAAUUUUUAUGAGUUGAGUUAUUAAAAAAAAAUGGUAGUAAAGAAAACUCCUUGAGUUUUAUAGCAUAAUUUUGCAUUAUUGUAUAAUUCUGACGAUAUACAUGCAAUUUACAUUGCAAUUAAUUUAUGUCACUGUGAAGUGCAUUUGGAAGUAGCAUAGAAUGAUACAAUGAGAAUAUAAUAAUUUAGUAGAGAGAAUAGAAGAGAGACAUUUUACAAAUUAUUGAGACAGAUUUUUUUUCAAUUUUUCUUUCUUUUGAAAAAUUAAAAGCACAAAGAAAAAAAAUUUAUUAGGGAGCAAUGUAAAAAGUCAUUGAAAUCUUUCCUGAUUUUGCCCUUCUUGCGUGUGUUACAAAACCUCAAUGUGGUGUCUGAUAUCAAAAUCCUAUAAAUACACACAAUUCAACCACAUUGGCUGGAAAAAGUGAAACAUUGACGUCAAGAGUGUGCUACAAAUACAAAGCUAAAUUGCUGAUUUGCUGUGUACAUUUGAUACUGUGCGAUAAUAAGUUAAUUAUUUGGUACAAUAUAAUGGAAGAUUCAUUGUUGAGUGUAUCUGAUGGAAUAAAUUUAUAAUUUUAUGCUAUAAGUUAGUAAAGAAAGGUCCCAGAAUUGAGGCUUUUAGACAUAUUUUUUACAUAUUGAUUAUGCUGUUAAAAUAAGCGAGAGGUUUUAGCGGAGGUGUUUCAAGAGCAAAAGAAAUCUUCACAAUCGAACGACCUCGAUGGAGUUAUUUUUUUUUGUGUUAACUCUUGAGAGUCAUUUGAAAGCUCUUGCCUCUCCUGUCGCCUUUUGCAAGCAAAUUCUCGAGCAAAUAUGCUUUUUGUUUUACAAAUUACCCCACUCGUAAUUCUUCAGUACACUUUUUUUUUUUGUCUAAAGACCACAAAAAAUGUGAGACCACUUAAAAGAGAUGAAUAGAUGGUGAGACCAAGAGAAAACACAGAGCGAUAAGCAAAUACAUAAUUAUCAGUGCUAUUUGGUAAAUCUACUGCAUAAAUUUCCUCUCUUACAUAAAUUAAUGUACAUACUAUAGGUCUCACAUACAAGGAAAUUAAAAAAAAAGACGCCUAAAUUGAAGAAAGAAAAUUCUAAAAUAUGUCUCAUUUGCAAGUGAAUUUACACACUUUGCGAGAACAAUUUGCACACCAUGCCAUUCAAACAUUAUUCGCGCCGCACUGUCAAUAAAACAGGUAUAUUUAAUGUAAGUCAAGUGUCUCGUUUAAAUUAAUUUGAUUGACGUCAGUGGCUCACAUUGCGUACACACGACAUACAAGAAGGUACCCUUAAAUUAUACGGUGUGUAUAUUGUAUACACAAUACCAAAUAAUAGGAUAGAAGGAAUGUCUUUGAACUGACAAAGUUUAUUAUUUUAUAUUGUUUGUAAUUGGACAUUGUGAAAAAAUACAACAAGAAAAAACAAUUUAUAAAA